UGCCACAACCAACAGGGGAAGGAGGACAGAGGUGGUCUGUGCAACCCAGGAAGGGAGGACGUGUGAAGGCCAGCUGCCGGGAACUGUGUGAAGUCAAACAGCCUUGUCUGAAGUCGCACAGUACUGCUGGCUGCCCUGAUCACUUGCCGGCUUCUCCCUCUCCAAUUCUGGGACCCAGGAGUCCUGGUGCACAAGCUUUCACCUUUUCCCAAGGUCCAGCAGUCUUUGUCCACAGCCUCUCCAUCCCCCAGGGUUGGCCUCAUGGAGCCCUACAGGUCCCUGGCCCUGCUUGCUGGCUCUCUGGGCCUGAUAUCCUGCCUGGUUGCUCUUAGCACCAAUUUCUGGUUCGUGGCAGUGGGACCCAACUUUUCAGCUCACUCAGGCAUCUGGCCAACAGAACAUCAGGACGCAGUAGCAGUCUACAUCCAUGUGACACAGAGCUUCUGCAUUCUGGCUGUCCUGUGGAGCCUGGUGUCUGUGGGCUUCCUGGUCCUGUCCUGCAUUCCUUCAUUAUCUGCCCCGGGUCACGGUCCCCUGAUCUCAACCAUCACAGUCUAUGCUGCAGCUCUUUCCAUGAUAGUAGCCAUGGCGGUGUACACCAGUGAACGGUGGGGCCAGCUUCCGCACGCCCAGAUCCAGACUUUCUUCUCCUGGUCCUUCUACCUGGGCUGGGUCUCAGUUGUCCUGUUUCUCGGUGCAG